AUGACGCUCUCACACGCUGCCAUACAAUUCCUCUUUGCAUCACUGGCUCUCAGCCAGCAGAUCUACUCUGAUGUCAAGGGCCCUACAGAGCGUCCUCAAUGCAAAGCCACAGAGACAAGCGAGCCAAAAUACACAUAUACACCCUUCCGUUACACUCUUUCUGAGACUGUGAGAUACGCCACCUCGGUGCCUUCACCUACCACUACAACUACAUACGCCGAUCCACCAGAGUCUCUAAGCUCUCUGGUUCCCUCACUUUCUUACACAACCUGGGGCAAAUGGGAUCCCAACGCUACUACCAAAGCCUCAGAUACGGAUGAUCCGUACGGCCAGGCGGCGUGGACUGCUCUGUGGGAGCAUGCAAACCCUCCUAAUUUUACCGAGACGGGCAUCUUCAGCACCACCGUCUCGCCCACUCCUAUCCCUAGCAGUGAACUGGUUCUUCCGCCGCGAGAUUACUUUGGCCCUUCGGACUGUUACAAUUUCCCAAAGAACUUUAGCUUUGGCGUUGCUAGCUCUGCGAGCCAGAUCGAGGGUGCUACUGCGGAAGAAGGAAAAGCGCCGUCUCUCAUGGAUAUCCUGGUUCGGGAUAACCGUGCCAAAGACUACGUUACGAAUGAGCACUAUUACUACUACAAGCAGGAUAUUGAGCGCGUUGCUGCUAUGGGUGCCAAGCAUUUCUCGUUUAGUAUUGCUUGGACGAGAAUCUUGCCUUUCGCGUUGCCUGGUACGCCGGUGAACCAAGAGGGAAUUGAUCACUACAAUGAUGUGAUCAACUUUAUUCUGGAGAAGGGAAUGACUCCCGAAGUUACUCUGCUUCAUUUCGAUACUCCUCUCCAGUUCUACGGAAGUAACCUUACCAAAGCCGCAGACAGGCCUGAAAUUGGAUAUACCAACGGCGGCUACCAGAAUGAGACUUUCCAGGAUGCUUUUGUUCACUACGCAAAGGUGGUCAUGAGCCACUACGCUGAUCGUGUACCUGUCUGGUUCACCUACAACGAGCCUCUUCUCUACUCAUACAAUGCCCUCUCGGUAUACAAUGUCGUCAAGUCUCAUGCCAGAGUCUACCACUGGUACAAGGAAGAACUUGGCGGACAGGGCAAGAUCGCGCUCAAAUUCAACAACAACUUCGGUGUUCCUCGGGAUCCCAAGAGUGAGGCGGAUGUCUAUGCUGCGGAUCACUUCAACUCGAUCCAACUUGGCCCGUUCUGCAAUCCUAUCUAUCUCGGCAAAGAUUAUCCUGAGUCGUUCAAGAAGACCUUUGAUGACUUUGUCCCGCUGAGCGAGGAUGAUCUCGAGUACAUUGGUGGAACAGCAGACUUCUUGGGCAUCGACCCUUAUACCGCCACAGUUAUCGCACCACCAGUACCUGACGACAAGGACAGUAUUUUAGAAUGUGCCUCCAACUCAACCUCCACCUUCCGUCCAUACUGCGUCAACCAAACUACCACGACCGUCAACGGCUGGAACAUCGGCUACCGCUCCCAAAGCUACGUCUACAUCACGCCCACAUACCUCCGAAGCUACCUAAACUACCUGCACAACACAUGGCGAACCCCCGUAGCCCUCACAGAGUUUGGCUUCCCCGUCUUCGGCGAAGCAGAAAAGGAACUUUCCGACCAGCUGUUCGACUCACCCCGAAGCAUUUACUACCUGAGCUUCUUGUCUGAGACACUCAAGGCGAUCUGGGAAGAUGGUGUUGAGGUUAUUGGAGCUUAUGCUUGGUCUUUUGCUGAUAAUUGGGAGUUUGGAGACUAUGAUGCUCAUUUUGGAAUUCAGACUGUCAAUAGAACGACGCAGGAGAGGAGGUAUAAGAAGAGUUUCUUCGAUAUGGUCGAUUUUAUGAAGGCACGUGGGGUUGAAUAG